GCCAUUGGCAGUAUUUCGCCAUCGCGUGCAAAAGCAAGAGUGUGAAAAAAGAGGUGUCAAAGAUAAAUUGCGUCGCUUUUUCUGUGGCUUGCAAAUUUUGCAAUAAUGAUCAGUAGCCGGGCAAAACAGUAGAAAAGACGACACGAUGGCGUCAGUGCUGGGUGAGGAGGUGGCGCGAUUCUUCCCGCUACGGAGUGGGCAAGAUGUUGUGGAGCUCUUUCGACACCAGCUGUUUCGAACUCCGGACCUCACGAUGCUAUCAAUUGUCACGGGUAUCAUCGAGAACACCCUAACCCGAGGCCGUGGCGUAGAUGUGAGUGGUGUCACUACUGCAUCUGGCUGUGUGGAGGAACUGAGCAAUUUUCCAGCAAUUGAACAGGUUGAUGUUGAGGUAUUAUAUAAGAAGUUCAGGACCAUUCUCGCCACGGUGGAGGGAAAGCCAGCCGGCCGAACUGUACGGCGAGAAUAUGCGACACGCGAUGUGAUCAAAAAAGUGUCAGAUGUGAUCUGGAAUUCACUGAUAAGGAGCUCGUACAAAGACAGGGCACAUCUGCAGAGUCUGUAUAGCUACCUGGCCCACAAUAAGCUGGAUUGCUUUGGGGUGGCUUUUGCCGUUGUUGCAGGAUGUCAGAUGCUUGGUUACUCAGAUGUGCAUUUGGCCAUUUCUGAGGAUCAUGCCUGGGUAGUCUUUGGACGAACUCAGGAUGAAACAAUCGAAGUCACCUGGCACGGCAAAGGUUUCGAAGACAAACGCGGACAGCCCGUAUCAGCUGGUGUCGAAUCCCAAUCCUGGCUCUAUCUCUGCGGGCAUCCUGUUGUCUGUACACGUCACAUGGAAGUUGUGGCUCUGGUUCUAGCCAUCAAUCCCUCCCUGAGUAUCACGAGUGCUUGUCUGGAAGUUACUGAGUUGCAGCAGCAACUUCUGUGGCUGCUGUAUGAUAUGGGGCACAUGGAAAAAUAUCCCAUGGGUCUGGGGAGUCUUGGGGAGCUGGAGGAAAUGUGUCAGACAGACAAGAGGCCCGCCAGUGAAGAGCUGUAUGAGGAAUCCGUGAGAUCUGCCCGAACCUACUACAAAAACUAUCACGUGUACCCCUACACAUAUCAGGGAGGCUACUACUACCGCAAGAAUCUCUACAAGAACGCAUUUGCGUCAUGGGCAAAUGCAGGGGAUGUCAUCAGAUUGUACAUUUAUUCUCGCGAUGAUGAGGAGAUUUACAAGGAAUUGCUGGACAUUGCCAAUGAGCAAAUCCCCCUGAUAAUGAAAACAGAGAGUUCAGGGCAUUCAGCACAUAGUAUUCUGCGGGAUCCACAGUGUUUUGCCAAUCUUCUGAGAUUCUACGAUGGGAUAUGUCAGUGGGAGGAGGGUAGUUUGACGCCAAUCCUUCAUAUUGGCUGGGCUAAGCCGCUGGUGAAUACAAUAUCCAAGUUUGACUACGACAUUCGGUCCCAGGUGACCAUAAAUUGUGCCAGUGACGAUGAUGAUGUGCAAUCAUCGAUUUCCAUAGUCAACCGCAAAGAGGCUACCAAGCAUCACACACUGGAGGAGAGUGUGGAGGAGAAGAGACGCAGGGAUGGGAUGAAUAAUAACAUUGUUAUUGCGGGGAAGGAUGAUAAGGGGGGAGGAGGAGGAGAUGCUGUGAAAGGCUGUAGGGAGAAUGGAAGUGAGGAUGUGACUAAAUUACCGCCAACUCUUGAAGCUCUAACAGCAGCAUGUGGUGAGAAAAUCCUCAAUCCGGAUUUUCUGCUUCAGGGAGGUGGUCAACCAUUUACUGAGUCACAGCAGACGCCACCAAAUGAAACACCACCGAAGGGGCUUCCGAAAGGAGGAGCUCCAGAGGAGGUGAAAGUUGAACCGCCGCCAAAGGUGGAAGCGAAGAAGGAGGAGAAGGUUGAGGGUAAAGGUGACAAAGUGGAUGGAGAUGGGGCUAUAAUAGAGACUGAGGUGAAAUCCUCGAGCGAAGCAGUGAAGAGUGAUGGACCAAAAUUUGAGCCCAAGGAUGAUGAGGAGGAUUUACGACCCAAGAGACCCGUGAUAACACUCUAUAGUCACAAGAUGAAGGGUCUGAAGGAUCUUCUGCUGGCCGAGAAGCUCAAUACCCAUGCCAUCUCCCUUCAGGUUACGGCUCAGAGUCAGGUAGGUGGGAAGAAGGGAAGAAGUGGGAUGUUCUCAUCUGGUCAGGGCGGAAGCAAUCUCAUCCAUUCUGUCUCACUGGGCUCAUCGAGUUUUGACUCUGACCUCGGUGGAAGUUCGCGUCCCAAGAGAUCCAGGCAUAUUUUUUUAUUGCAACCUUUAUUGUUUUUUUGGUAAAUGAGCAACUGAAAAAGAUUGCUGGAGAGUUGAAAAAAUGAUUAUGAUGAAAUUGUUAUUGAGAAAAAGAAUGUUUGGUUUUUUGUUGAAUGAGAGAUAAAGGUGAAAAAUAUGAAAAAAGUAAAUUAUUGUUACAAUAGAAGGUGAAAAAAAGAGAAGUUGUUGAAGAAUUUUUAUUCGUUUUUGUUUAUUUGUUGCAUUUACCACGAUUCAAAACAAUUAAAAAGAUUAACAUCUAAAUUUAAAUAAAAUGAGGAAACAACAAAAACACGUAGAUGGUAGUAAAACAAAUGCAUGAGAUAUAAAAAAAAAGUACAAAUUCCCGUGGUUUCUUGUGUCAGUCGGCAAAAUACAACAAGAACCAUAAGGUAACCUUUAAAAAAAUAUUGUUUACUUAUUGAAAAAAGAAGAAAUUUAAAAAUGAUAAUAAAAUAAAUACAAAAGAAGCUUUUACUUUCUUGGAAUGAAUUGUGAACUUUUCUAGAGAACAUUUGAAAAAAAAGAAGAAAACAAAAUGGUCUAAAAGACGUUAAAAACAAUUUAAGACAAUUUUUCAGAGACGUGUUUGUGAGUGAAGUUUUAAAAGAAAAUUUAAAAAAAGGGGUGCUAAAGAUUUCUUUGAAAAGACAGUAAAAGAAAAUCCUUAAUGAGCAAAAAUAACACGUCUAUAAACAAAAUGAAAGAAAAGAUGAAUAUUUUGGAAAUCAAACUAAAAAGCUGAGAGUGAAAAAUUUAUAAUGAACAAAAACGUUUUUUCUAUGGAGCAAUUCUAUUGUAUACCUUUUUAGUGAAGAAUUUAAACAAAGAGAAAAAAAAGAAAAAUCUUUGCUUCACAAUUUUCUUGACCUUCUUUUUUUCUUUUAUCGCAUUUUAAAUCUGAAUGUAAUGUCACAAUUUCUAUUUAAAAAAAAAUGAGGUGCUUUUUAUGUCUGCAAACUAUUAAAAACUUUAUUUUCAUUAGUUAUCUUUUUAAGACAAUAAUUGAAUUUAAUAGUUUUAGUUUUAUCAAAUAUCAGUCAUAGUUUCGUUGCAAUUGUCAUCAAUAAAACGCUUUUUUUAGUAUUUUAGUGAAAAACAUAAUUUAAUAUACUAGGAAUUUUAUAUAUUUUUAAAAAAGUAACUUUGGAAUUACUACACUAUACCGUAAUUUAUUGAAAUAUUGAUUUUACGAGAAGUAUUGGACAUUCUCGUUACUCAUUUAUUGUUUGAACUUUUCUUAUUUCGUCUACCGCCAACUUAUUCCAUAUCACAUGGAAAAUGGCAGUAAAACCAGUAAUAGAUCGUUACUGAAUUAAAAAGUCGAAGAUGAAAAGGAAAUUAUCCGAGAAAGAUUUUUGGGAAUUUAUUUAUAUUAAAAGAAAACAAAUCAACUACUGAAAUCUAGAAACCAAAAGGACGAUCAGGUGCGAUAAAGUAGGAGACCAAAAUGUAUUCCUAACUACCUUCCAUUAUUCCCGGUUUUCCAAAGGACCCAUUUACACACAUUUUUGCAAAUCAGACUGUUUUAGAAACAUGACGUUUAUCUGUCAAUUUACCCAUGAAUAAAACUAGGGGACAAACAGUUAUAGACAGCGACUUGGGGUUUCAAGAGAUUUUUUAAAAAUCUUGUUUUUUUCUCUUUCGUAUAUGAUAUUGGAAUUAAUCUAAACUCUUAAAAUAUUCCUCAUUCAAAAUCAUACUGCGAAAAUCUUGAAAUUAAGCGGCUAUUGUAAGAAUAGCCUAAAUCCCCAAAUAGACUCAGGCUGAUCCUCGAAAAUAUUUAGUCCGCAAAAUUUGGCGGUAAAGGAUCAGCCCAAACUAUCUUACACAUACGGCCUUUACGCAUUUAGAAACAAUUUACGUCAAAAAUUGACUGUUAUAAAAAAAUUUUGACGUUUUUGCCUACAAUGAUAGGGGAUUUUUCUUUAGAAAAAUAGCUUGUUUUCAAAACUUGCUCCCAGUGUGUAGAGGCCUUUAGAGAUCGUGAUAAUCGAUUAAAGCUCAUUGCAUAAAUCUCCUUUAAUCUGGUUCUUUAUCGCCAAAUUUUACCGGUUGAAUAUUCUCGAAGAUCAGCCUGAGUUAAUUUGGGGCAUAACAUGGAUUUAAGAUUGGAGGCUUAACCCAGUUCCCGAACGUUUAGAAAUUUUAAAUUUUAACUUACUCGAAAUAUUUCAUAUUGAUUUUACAUUGACCUGAGACGGAAAUCUCUUAAAAGCAGAGUGUAGUAGCACAUGAAAAUGAAGGAAACGAACUCCAAACUGUCCCUCUGAAACAACUUUCGCAUCGGUUCUACAGUAGACUCUCACUCAAUCGGCUUUUCCCAAUCGGGCGACAAAUCUUGUUGACAAUUUUCACGUUUAAUUAUGAAGCUAAUUCGCUCAAAUUCGCUAUAGUUCUUCCUAUUUUAUCGUGAUUCUUUAUAAUUGAGCGCUUUUCGUGGAAUUUACAAAAGGCUUUGAUGCUCAAUUCUAUCGCUAAACCCGAUGACAUUUUGCCCCAUAUUCCCGAUUGAGAGAGUCUACUGUAUACGAUCUACCACCAUGCAUAUUUCACAAUGAAAGUCUUUGAAUAUCCACACUUUUUCAUUGAACGCAAAAGCGAAAUUGUCACAAUGUCGAUGUGCUCAUCGAUUUUUCGUUUAUAAAGAAUAAUGACCUUGAAAUAUUCUUCCCAAAGGAUUUUGAAGGUCACAGGAUAAGCAUAUCUAGAGGUCAUAUUUCACAAGCAAGUGCGGUAAGUUUGGAUUCAUUGGAGAGAUUUUUGAAUACCUUAAACCCGGUUCUGAACCAAUUAAUUUUUGCCUGAAAUUCAAUAAUUGUAUUUACUUUUACGUGUUUUGAACAAUCGUUUACGAUUUAAGUGAUUGAGAUCAUUUAGGCUGCUGCAUUGAAUUGAGAUUGAAUUGUAUCGAAAUGAGAUUUUGGGACAAUUCAGUCUUAAUCUAAUGUGGAAAUCUAAGGUCCUUGACACACUAACGACUUAAGCCGACAGACGGUUUUACGUAAUUAUAAUCAAAAUAAUCCGUCUUUCGGAUUAAACCAAGAAACGUCUUAGUUAGUGGGAAACUGAUAAGAAUUUAGUAAAACCAAUAUUUUGAUUAUAAUUACGUUAAACCGUUUCUCGGCUUAAGUCCUAUGCCUAAGCCAUAAACGGUUUCAUUGAGGCAAUUUACACAGCCGCCACUUACAGCCUGAUUGAGUUAUGUACAUCCGUUCAGAUCGGUUAUAAACCGGAAAACAGUAUACAGUAGAAUUCCAGAUAAUGCAAAAAGCAACUUUUACACUGAAUAGUUAAUAGUGUAAAUCUAAAUCAAUUGUGUAAAAGAUUUUUUUUAUUAAACUAGCAAUAUUAUUUUAACUCCUAUGGUGAAAAAGGCGUUUUUGUAUUUUUAGUAUUUUUAACAAAAACGAGGCUUUUUGUAAAUGGGAGUGCCACACUUUUCGGAUCCAUACUUUUCGGACUUCAGUAGUAUAAAAGGUGUAAAAGGAAAGGAUUUAAUAGUGUAAAUUGUGGUAGCAUCCAACACUCCCAGUUUACGUUACAAUUUAUGAAAGAAUUUAAAAAUAAAAUCUUUGGAACUUAACUAUUUCGACUAUCUCUCUUUUACGCUAUAUUUCUAUUUUAUUGUUAUUACAUAUUUUUCCCAAAUUAUCUAAACUGAUAAUCUGAAUUAUUCGUAUGAUUUAAAUGGGCAAACUUUACUCUGGCAGUCCAAUUAUUUGUGCAAACAAUGAAAUUUCAAAAAUAAGUUACGGUAGAGUGUAGGAAUUCCAAAACCUUGAAAACACUGUGACAUUCAUGCAAAUGAUGAACACUUAGCUUAGCUUCUAUUUUCCACACUUCAAGCAUUAUUAGUGAAUAAAUUUAUUUUUAAAAGAUAAAAAUAUUCCCUAAGAAUUGUUAUUUAUUUUCUAAGUUCUAUUUCACACUGAGCACAGUAUUUUUUUGUCUUAGAAUAUGAUAAAGAAACUUGUUUUCCUCACUUAUCCUCAAAAACGUAAAUUUUCCUUUUUUCUGUGCUUCAGCAAAACAAUAUUAUUAGAAGAAAGAAAGAAAUGUUAAUGAGAAAUAUCUCAAGAAAUGUGUUUGCUAUUUAUGUAAAAAAAACAUAGAAAUAUUAUUAAUGAAAAAAAAUCAUAAAGGCAAUGUUAUAUUGAAUUCGCAACACUGAUAAAGAACACAAAAUAGUGAAAUAGAUGCAGUAAAACUGGAAUUAUUUAACGAAAAGAAAAAGAAAGGAAAAAUAUAUUCAUAGAAACAGUUGUAGACAUCAAUAUUUAAUAAAUAAACAAAUAUUUCUUAGUAGAAGAAAAAUAUUGUAUUUAAAAGGUAUUUUAUCAGUGAAUCAAAAAUUUCUUUUUAAAAGAAUAUAUCAUCCUAUAUUAGAACUUUAGAGGCCUGUGAUGCAAGUGAAAAAAAAUGCAGAAUUUAAAUGUAACCUACAAUAACUAGAUAUUUGUCUUGCUGAUGACUUCCCUUCUGUUUCCACUUGAACCUAUUUCUUCCUUUCACACACAGUGAUCAAAUUUUUUCUUAAACAAUUUUAAAUAGCAAAAGAAAAAGCUUUUAAUUCGCGUUACAGUUAUAAAAAAUCAAUUCACAAAUAGAUGAAAAAAAAGUACACAAUAUGGUAAGAAAAAAAAAGAAAAUAGAAAGGACAAAUUGUAGGCUACAGAAGAGAUAAUCUUCAAAAGGAAAAAUACAUGAAUUUUCUGUAAUUUGAUGUUAUACAUAAAAACUAUUAUAGAUGUCAAAUAAAGAAGAAUCAUAUGAAUUCAAAAAA